AUGACGGCAGGAAUCCCACGUGAGCGCUCAUGGCGUCUCGGAGGUUCGGGCCGUCAGAGGCGGACAGCGUGGCCACGCCGCCACGGCUGCUUGAACACGACUAUCAACUCGCGUCUGUCACUCCUUCCCUCAUCCCCAUCCCCUGAGUAUGAUCACGAACGACCAACUCUAUUUCAUCGCCAACACGCUGGGCUCACUGGCCAUGAUCACCGUGGUCGCGUACCACUUCAUUGCGGACAUGAAGGGCUAUUGGCAAAGGGUGGUAGCACAGGAGUUAGGCGCAUAGCGCUAGAGAUACGGCCCCCUUGCUGUGUAUUUUAUCCCAUUAUAUGGAUUGUGCUACGGCAUAUUAUGCUGCGCAAUGCAAACCGUGGCGUGAAGAUGGGCCGCUGA